ACUAUGAAAUGCUCCGCAGCUAAAUCACUCCGCCGAUUCGACAUGAGCACCCUGCAAGAUGGGCAGAAAUCCAAAUAAGCUCUUUCUAGCUAUGUCACAAGGUUAUUGCCGCUGCCCUCAAUUGAUAGCAUCAUCGCCAUGUUAAGCCUCGAAAUUCUUCGCCUUGUUGACCAUUGUUCUCACUGGCGUUGGAUUAUCGCAGUUUGUGUUUCUCCAUGAUGCUCCUGUGCAUCGGAGGAAAGUACUCUAUUUUGUGCAUAUCACAUCCUUUUUUCGUCUCGUUUUUGGAGCCGUGAUUAGGUAGGACAGGCGCGGGAGCACAGCCAAAAAACGUCUUUGCUUCGUUCACUAUGCUACUUGAAACUAGGGAUGCCUUGGCAUGCCAUACGAAUAUCAGGUUUCCUUCGCCUAUAGGAGGCGUGCCGUUCUCCUUGGAUUUUGCUCCAUCCAUCAUCUUCGCUAUUCUCUAUGGAAUGUUAAUACCCCUGGCUCUCUAUCGGUGGAUCUCUAAGAGCUCGCGAACUUUGACCCUCUUUGGGACGACCACUUUCGCCAUCGAGCGGGUGGUAGCAAUGGCUCUACGAGCUAAACAGUCACACAACGCACUAGAUCGAACCUCACGCACACUCACUCGCUACAUGCAGGUAUCAUGGGGAACUGGCUACAUUUCGCUGGCGACUGCUCUCACCACCUUCCUUCGUGCCCUUCUGGUCAACGCCACAUUACCCUCAUCGUCAUCCUCUUCUUCCCCUGCUACUCAUGUCGAGUCAGGAUCGGAUGGUUUCAUUAUCAUGGAGGAAGCACCGAGGGCGGUUACUGAAGAGGACAGACUGAACGAUCGGCUGUGGUAUCGGCGGGUUUUCGAUGUGACAAAUUGGCUAUACCUCGUGGCGACGGUUCUUGGUAUCGUCUCUGGGUCAAUCUACGACAAGGCUGAGACGGACCAGGGUCAAGCGAAUUUAAUACAGGGUCUCAGAUAUGCUUCUACUGGGAUGGCUUUUGGACUAACUGUGGCGGUGCAAGGCAUCGCGAUCUCUAGCAUACUUUACACACGCAACGUUAUCCGGUCGUCUGCUCUGAUUGUCGUAGGUCUUACAUGUCUCCUGGAUAUCAUCUGCGUCUACCACCUCAUCAUUAUGCGCUCUCAUACGACCUCUCUCACGUCUCUCGAAUCUGGUUCUCUGAACAGCACCAGCGAUAAAGCCCUAUUCUAUAUUUUCCAAAUUGCCCCAGAGUGGAUCACAGCGGCCACUGUGCUAGGGAUCAACGCACGGGAACGGUUUAAGACGGGUCUGUGGGGUGAGGAGUUUCUCACCAAGGACAAAAAGCCUAGUAGUUGAGAUGCGACAUUACGUCUAAGUUAUUGUAUAUGAACUUAGUGCCUCUUGAUUUCUUUACAAUGAGACAUUAUUGUUCUAAACGACUGAGCACGCAGGAGGUAGAGCAGACAGACAAUUCAAGUUAACGACUAUGCGAUCGGAUCUCCGACUCCGACCUGAGCGGUAACUCCUUGCGGGCCAAUGUCCGUGUCAUUCAAGCUCAAUUAACUCAAUAACUGCAAACCAAAGUA